AUGUCGCGUGGAUUGGUAGUAUCUCGCUCUUGCUCACCAAACCCACCAUCUGCACCCUCUCGAUCCUUCACAUAUAACAUCGCCGCGAGCUACAUAGCCAAGGACAAGCCCUACGACCCCUCGACCCACAUCUUCCACUUCAGUCCCUACAACCGCGCCCUCCCACCACGCAAGCGCUCCAAGCGCGCCCGCCCAGAGUCUGGCCAGGAUGCCUUCUUCGUGACGCGUCUUGCCGACACGGGCGGCGUCGCCCUGGGCGUUGCUGACGGUGUUGGCGGCUGGAUGGACUCGGGCGUCGACCCAGCCGAUUUUUCCCACGGCUUCUGCGACUAUAUGGCCGCCGCCGCGUACCCCGCCCUCGACGGCGCCCGCCCGCUGUCUGCCCGCGCCCUGAUGCAGGCGGGCUACGAGGCCAUCUGCGCCGACACUUCCGUGCCUGCCGGCGGGUCGACGGCGAUCGUGGGCCUGCUGGACCCGAGCGGCGUGCUGGAGGUGGCCAACUUGGGCGACAGUGGCUAUAUACACCUGCGGCUGAACGCGGUACACGGGUACUCGGAGCCGCAGGUCCACGCCUUCAACACGCCCUUCCAGCUGAGUGUCAUACCGCCGGCGAUCCUGAGGCGGAUGCAGGCCUUUGGCGGCUCUCAGCUCGCGGAUCUGCCGCGUGACGCCGAGGUGUCGCGGCACGACCUACGCCAUGGGGAUGUGCUCGUGUUUGCGACGGACGGGGUGUGGGAUAACUUGUUCAACCAAGACAUACUGCGCAUAGUGAGCGCGGCAAUGACCAAGAGCGGUGCCUGGGUGGGCAGCAACGCUGGAGGCACCAGGGUGACACCCGAUCUCUCGCCGCUUACCGAGGUGAGUGCGGCCGAGGAGGGCAACGCGAAGGGCUUCGGCACGCUUCAGGGCAUGAUCGCCACGGGCAUCACGGCGGCUGCCAAGGCCGCGAGCGUGAACACGAAGCUGGACGGGCCUUUCUCCAAGGAGGUCAAGAAGUACUACCCGCAGGAGGCGUGGCACGGCGGCAAGGUGGACGACAUCUGUGUGGUCACUGUCUUGGUCUCCGAGAACAAGGCGCACGAGGCUCCCAUGAAGAGCAAGCUGUGA